AGCUAAGUUAAAAGAAAGUCAUAUAAUUUGUAAUAUAAGUGCUUUGGUAAGGUUUAAGCGUCCUAAAAUAUGAGCAGAAGAAAGAAAGUUAAGAUAGAGACGAAGGAAACUGAGGAAAAGCCAUUUAUUUCGGAAGAUGACAGUGCAAUACCUUCUCAAGAAAAGUUGAAAUUACAAUCUGAUAAGAAAGUAAACAGUGGGGCAAAUUUGUCUAAAGUGAAGAAAGAAACAAAGAAGGAGGACAUUAAGAAAGAAGAAAAGAAGGAUCAGGACGCAGAUUCUGAGCUUGAUGAUCCUUUAAUAAAAGAACUUUUCUCUGGUUUAGAGGGUGCAGCCUUUCAAAGUCGUAUGCCAUUUGAUAAAAUGACAUCAACUGAAGCUGCUUAUUUCCCAGACAUUGCUCAGACAUCUUUAGCAUCAGUUAAAGUUUUUCUGCACGUUAGAAAUCGUAUUUUACAUAUGUGGCUAGAAAAUCCUAAAGAACAGUUAACUAUCGAGGCAGCUGUAGAAAAAAUGGAGCCACCCUAUAACAGUGACUUGCCGCUUGUUCAUCGCGUUCAUGCUUUUCUAGAACGGAAUGGUUUUAUCAAUUUUGGCAUUUUCAAACGUGUAAAUCCAUUGCCAGCUCAGAAGUGUGGGAAAGUAAUUGUUAUUGGUGCUGGAAUUGCUGGACUAGCUGCUGCACGACAACUUCAACAAUUUGGAAUGGAAGUUCUUGUUCUUGAAGCUAGAGACAGGGUUGGUGGAAGAAUAGCCACAUUUAGAAAAGGUAGUUUUGUGGCAGAUUUAGGAGCCAUGGUUGUCACAGGCCUUGGAGGGAACCCUGUCACAGUUUUAAGCAAGCAAAUAGAAAUGGAACUGCACCGAAUUCGGCAAAAGUGUCCUCUGUAUCAAUCAAAUGGGGUAACUGUAGAUAAAGAUAAAGACGAAAUGGUAGAACGUGAAUUCAAUCGUUUACUUGAAGCUACUUCUUACCUUUCUCACACUCUCGAUUUCAAUUAUGCUGGCAACAAGCCUGUCAGUUUGGGACAAGCUCUCGAGUGGGUCAUCAAAUUGCAAGAGAAACAUGUUAAAGAAAAACAAAUACAACAUUUAAAGUCAGUUAUUGUACUUCAAGAGAAAUUGAAAGUAAAUCAAAAGUUGCUUGUCAGUAUUAAAGAGCAUAUGCAAGAUUUAAAUGGUAAAGUGAAGGAAUUGGCUGCAAUUGAGAAAAGAGAUGUGCAGCUUGAGUUUGCUUACAGAAGUAGUUUACGAGACCUCAGUGUAUGUGCUAAAGAAUGGGAUCAGCUUCAAGAACAAGCAAAGGAAAUCGAAGAUAAACUUAAAGAGUUGGAAAGCAAUCCACCAAGUGAUGUGUAUUUAUCAUCGAAGGAUAGGCAGAUCUUAGACUGGCAUUUUGCUAAUUUGGAGUUUGCAAAUGCUACUCCUCUUUCCAAUCUAUCUUUAAAGCACUGGGACCAAGAUGACGACUUCGAGUUCACUGGAAAUCAUCUAACAGUGCGAAAUGGAUACUCAUGCGUCCCGGUGGCUUUGGCGGAAGGCUUAGAUAUCAAGUUGAACGCUGCCGUGAAGAAGAUAGAAUAUCACAACAAAGGAGUGGAAGUAACCGUUUUCAACGCGAGGAACCCCAAUUUGACUAACACGUAUCACGCCGACGUGGUUCUUUGCACUCUGCCUUUGGGAGUAUUAAAAUUGGCUACAACGCCAUCCACUGGUCAGCUAAAUACGGUCCAGUUUGUGCCUCCGCUUCCCGAUUGGAAAACGUCCGCUAUUCAACGAUUAGGUUUCGGGAAUCUUAACAAGGUCGUUUUGUGUUUCGAGAGGAUUUUUUGGAAUCCGCAGGCGAAUCUGUUCGGGCAUGUGGGGAGUACGACGGCAAGCAGAGGCGAACUCUUUUUGUUUUGGAAUCUUUACAAGGCACCGGUGCUUUUGGCUUUGGUCGCCGGUGAUGCCGCGGCCAUCAUGGAAAACGUUACUGAUGAUGUAAUCGUCGGACGGUGCAUUGCCGUUCUGAGAGGAAUUUUCGGACAACAGGGCGUUCCUCAACCCAAAGAGACUGUGGUUACAAGAUGGAGGGCGGAUCCUUGGUCGCGAGGAUCUUACAGCUUUGUUGCCGUGGGGAGUUCGGGUAGCGAUUACGACCUGUUGGCGUCUCCCGUUAUUCCUCCUAAUGCGCAGGGACAAUCGGUGACCACCGGUACUCCGAGACUUUUCUUUGCAGGCGAACAUACCAUCAGAAAUUAUCCUGCUACGGUACAUGGAGCUUUCUUGAGUGGACUGAGAGAAGCGAGCAGAAUUGCUGAUCAAAUUAUUGGUAAUCCUUGUCAUGUGGGACCAUCCAAUAAGGAGUGAUAGUCUUUUGAAACACUAUUUCGUUGUAUAAGUAUUAUAAUAUUACAUAUUUGUCUAAUAUUGAUGUAAAAUUUAUUUGAUAAAGGACACUGUUUGGCGAA